GUCCUUUCCGUUCCCUUCCGGUCCCCUCCGUUCCCUCCCGCUCCGCCGCCCCCCCUGCGCCCCGCAGGGCCAUGGCCGACUGGGCCCCCGCUCAGGAGCUGGAGUGGGAGAUGGAGUCCCAGGAGCUGUCCCUGGAGCAGCCCCUGCCCGCCCCCGAGCAGGGCCCCGCCGAGGAGCUCCCGGCUGCAGAGAUCUCCCUGACACUGGUGACCGAGAUCCAGGCCGUGGACAGGAAGGUGGAUGCCCAGGCUGCUCAGCUGAUGAACCUGGAGGGGAGGAUGAGGAUGGCAGAAAGCAAACUGAUCGGGUGUGAGAAGACGGCGGUGGAGUUCGGGAACCAGCUGGAGAGCAAAUGGACAGCGCUGGGCACCCUGAUCCAGGAGUACGGGCAGCUGCAGAAGAGGCUGGAGAACAUGGAGAACCUGCUGAAGAACAGGAACUUCUGGAUCCUGAGGCUGCCCCCCGGGGCGAAGGGGGAAAUCCCCAAGGUCCCCAUGGCCUUCAGUGACACCUCCUGCAACUUCGAGGAGGAGGAGUGGAAGAGUUUGAACGAGUGGCAGAAGGAGCUGUACAGACACAUCAUGAAGGGCAACUACGAGGCUGUCAUCUCCAUGGAUGCUGCCAUCUCCAAGCCUGACCUCCUGGCACGGAUUGAGCAGGGAGAAGAUCCCAGUGCCGAGGAUCCCGAGGACUCAGAAGGAGGAGAAACCCCUACAGACCCCAGCAGUGAGUUUUUCUUCCCUGGUCCUGAUGACAGCUCCUGGGGUAAAUAUGAUGAGACCCUGGCUGAAAGCCACGAGGGCUCUGAGGAGGAGGAGGAGGAGAGCAUGGAGGUCCCUGGUACAUAUGAACAGCAGUGUGACGAGGAAGGCUCCGAAAGCCUCGAGCUUUCCGGCUCCUUGACAGGGAAGUGGGAAGAAGUUUUCUCCAGCCCGGAGGAAGAGAUGAAACCCAACAGCAAGAGCCAGAGCGGGCCGACCCCCCCGCAGAGGACGGGCAACGGGCUGCGGCGUUCCGCGCGCCGCGGGAGGGAGGUGAAGAAGGACCCUCCCGAGGAGGUGGCUGCCAUGGAGGGGCCCUACAUCUGCUGCGAGUGUGGGCAGAGCUUCCUGGACAAGCAGCUCUUUGCCACCCACCAGAAGGAACACGCCAGCGAGGAAGCCUGCACCUCCCUGGAGCCCGGGGAGAGCUUCAGGCCCAAAGCCAAAGGGCCCCCCGGGAAAGGCCAAGGCUCCUCCCGCUCCAAACCCAAGCGCCCCGACGGGGAGAAGAGCUCGGGCUUCAAGUACGGCUUCGUCCGCCAGGUCAACAACAUGGUGGAGAGGCCCUACACCUGCUCCCAGUGCAAGGAGAGCUUCAGCCUGGAGGUCAGCCUCAUCCUGCACCAGAAGCUCCACACGGGGAAGGGCGAGGGGCCGCUGACCUGCACCUACUGCGGCAAGGACUUCCGAGACCUCUCCAAAGCCAUCCGCCACCAGCGCAUCCACACCGGGGAGAGGCCCUACCAGUGCACCGAGUGUGGCAAGAGCUUCAUCCGCAGGGACCACCUGCUGAAGCACUGGAGGGUCCACACCGGGGAGACCCCCUACCAGUGCCCCGUCUGCGGGAAGCACUUCCGAUACAAGGAGUCUCUCAAUUGCCACCAGAAAAUCCACUCCCGCAACCCGCGGCCCGGGGAGGAUUCGCAGCACAGCCUGGAGUCGGCCACCCAAACCCCCCAUUUUUGUGUGAAAAAAGAAACUAAGCAUGUCUCCCCAAUUACUCCCAGUGUCUCCCCAGUUACUCCCAGUGUCAUCCCAGUUACUCCCAGUGUCUGCCCAGUUACUUCCAGUGUCUCCCCAAUUACUCCCAGUGUCUCCCCAGUUACUCCCAGCCCUUCCCCUGUUACUCCCAGUGUGUCCCCAGUUACUCCCAGUGCCUCCCAGUCGCCCCCAUUCCUUCCCCAGUUCCCCGCUCCCCUUCGCCGCCCCUCCCCGCGCCAGGGCCCGACGGGCCCGAUCCCGGGGCAGCCUCCUCGUCUCCCUCCCCGCCUGCCCAUGGCCGCCCCGCUCCGUUCUCCCCGGUGCCGGUGCCGGUGCCGGUGCCGGGGGGUGGGGGGGCGGCCCCGACGGAGGGGUCGGUGUUGCCGUCGGCGCGGUAGGGGGCGCUGCUGUGCCUGCGGGCGCCCCGCUCCGCCCCGCCCGACGCGGCCCCCGGCGCGGCUCGCGCGGUGUCGGCGGCCCCGCCCGCCCCCUGCCGGCUCGGCGGGGCAGCGGCGGUGCCGGAGCGCCCAGCGCGGAGCGGCGGUGCCGGACCCGCAGCCGCGAUCGGGCUCUGGCCGCCGCUGCCCCCCCACAGCCUCCCGUCCCCCCGCCUACCUCCUCCCCCGGUCGGGUCGGCCCCGCCCCGCCGUCCCGCCAACCCCCCCGUCCCCCCCCGGCCGCGCCGCGCCACCCCGGGCCCAGCCCGAUGCCCGGCGACGGGCGGAGCCCCGUUUCCCCGCCCGCCGCGGGUCGCGGCCCGGCCCGGUUCCCGCGGGCCGCACGUCGGGGCGGGGCCGCGCCGUCGGGGCCGCGGCGGGAGGGCGCGGGAGGCCGGCGAGGCGGGAGGCCGGCGGGGGCUGUCAGCGCGCCGGGCCGCGGCCGCCCCCCCGGGGGGAACGGGGCAGGACGGGCAGGGCCGGCGGCGGCGCGGGCAGCCCCGGGGGGCGGCGGGGCCGGGCCGGGCCGGGCCGGGCAGGGCCUCCGCGGCCGGCGGCGCCCGAGCUGCCGUCGGGGCCGGGCCUGCCCGUCGCGCUGCCUCCCCCCAACCCCCACAUCCCCAGCCCCGGCGGCCGGGCCCUGCGGGGCGAGGAGCGGCCCCCCGCCGCUCCCGUGACAGAACCGCCGCCCCCCGGUGACAGGCCGCUCUCCCCCCCCCCCCCCGCCUCCCCGUGUCACCGCCCGGUCCCCAUGGCGACGGGGCGGCCGUGCCCUGACAGCGCCCGCCAGCCCCCCCCGGGGGUCCCCUCGCCGUGCCCAUGGCAACGGGGCUCGGCCGUCCCUUGUCACCUCCCGGGGGGGGUCCUGCCCGUCCCGGGGGACCCGCGCGGGGCCGCCGCCAUCAGCAGCGCAGCGGGGUCAGCGCCCCGAGGGGACGUGGGGACAUCCUCGGGGGAGCGCCGGCUUCUGAUGCUGCGCCCACCUCCCGGGGGCGCCGGAGCCGGUGCUGCAGCCGCGCUGCCCCUCGCCCCUCCGGCCCCCGAGCGCACCUCGGAGCGGGAGACGCAGACGGCAGAGCUGUCCCUGACGGUGGUGGCGGCCGUGCAGGCGGUGGAGAGGAAGGUGGAUUCCCAUUCCACCCGCCUCCUCGACCUGGAAGGUCGGACGGGGAUGGCGGAGAAGAAGCUGAUCGAUUGCGAGAAGACGGCGGCGGAGCUGGGGAACCAGCUGGAGAGCAAGUGUGCGGCGCUGGGCACCCUGAUCCAGGAGUACGGGCUGCUCCAGAGGCGUCUGGAGAACAUGGAGAACCUGCUGAAGAACAGGAACUUCUGGAUCCUGAGGCUGCCGCCGGGCAGGAAGGGGGAAGUCCCCAAGGUGCCAGUGACCUUUGAUGAUGUGUCCGUUUAUUUCAACGACAAGGAAUGGGAGAAGCUGGAGGAGUGGCAGAAGGAGCUCUACAAGAACGUGAUGAAGGGGAACUACGAGUCGCUGAUCUCCCUGGACUAUGCAAUUUCCAAGCCUGGUGUGAUGUCCCAGAUGGAGCAAGGAGAGGAACCACGGGUCAGGAACGAGCAGGACUUGGAGGAGAGUGAGAUCAUCACUGAUGCCACUGCAGGUGAGAGGGCAGCUCAGGGGAGCUGGGGCCUGCGUUUGGAGGAGCUGCUCACCCCAAGGCUGAAGCAGAUGGAGUUGAGAGCUGGGCCCAAGGAGGUUAUCAGGAGCUUUGCAGGUUUGGCUGGUGAGAGGUCUGAUGUCCAGCCCCUACGGCUCCGUCUCCCCUCCCAGGGGACCUCCCGGGCACCAGCCUGGGUGGACUCCUCUGAAUAUGUGGCUGAUUUCAACGAGAUCCAGAGAGUCAUCGUUCACCACGGGAGCUGCACAGAGGACGGGAUCGUGAUCAAGACAGAGGAGGAGGAGGAGGAGGAAGACCCCGACACUCUGGAGCCCUGCGCCAUGUUCUCGGGCCGGACGGAGCCGUCGUCCUUCUCCAGCCACGAGGCCGGGCUGGGCUGCGAGGCACAGUGCAGCUCCAAAGCUCAGCCCAGGAGCUUGGCGGCCGCCCGCGUCCGGAAACCUUCUGCCUGCGAGAGGGACUCCGGGGAGAUGAAACCAAGCACGGGUCAGCAGCGGAACCGGACGAGGGAGAGACCCUACAUCUGCCCCGAGUGCGGGAAGAGCUUCAUGCUGAAGAUCAACUUCAUGAUCCACCAGCGCAACCACCUCAAGGAAGGGCCCUACGAGUGCCACGACUGCGACCUCAGCUUCCGCAACAAGCAGCAGUUCCUGCUGCACCAGCGCAGCCACACGCGCCGCGGCGUGGGGGUCCCGCGACGCCCCGAGCACGGGCUGAAGCCCCAGCCGAGACCCCAGCCCCCGGGGAAGCCCUACAAGUGCUCCGAGUGCGAGAGCAGCUUCAGCCACAAGUCGAGCCUCAGCAAGCACCAGAUCACCCACGUGGGCGAGCGGCCCUUCACCUGCGGGGAGUGCCGGCGGAGCUUCCGCCUCCAGAUCAGCCUCAUCAUGCACCAGAGGAUCCACGCCGGCAAGAGCGAGAUGGCUUUCCUCUGCCCCCAGUGCGGGAAGAACUUCACCCGGCCCUCACACCUCCUGCGCCACCAGCGGACUCACACCGGCGAGCGGCCCUACCAGUGCAGCCAGUGCGAGAAGACCUUCAGCGAGAAGUCCAAGCUCACCAACCAUUACCGCAUCCACACCCGCGAGCGCCCGCACGCCUGCGCCGUCUGCGGGAAGGGUUUCAUCCGCAAGCACCACCUCCUGGAGCACCAGCGGAUCCACACGGGAGAGAGGCCCUACCACUGCACCGAGUGCGGCAAGAACUUCACCCAGAAGCACCACCUCCUGGAGCACCAGCGGGCGCACACCGGCGAGCGGCCCUACCCCUGCACCGAGUGCACCAAGUGCUUCCGCUACAAGCAGUCCCUCAAGUACCACCUGAGGACGCACAUGGGAGAGUGAGGGGCUGCCCGACGCUUCCUCUCCCUCCUCUCCCUCCCUCCACUCAUCCCUUCUCCUCCUCCUCCUUCUCCUCUCCCUCCGCUCAUCUCUCCCUCCCUCCAUCUCCCCAUCCCCACCACCACCACCACCACCACCCCGGCUCAGGGCAUGGACAGCAAGGAAGCCGUGUGGUAGCGCCGCUGGUCUGGUGGAGGCAGCUCGGCUGAUUGGAAAUAAAUUAAUUCAUUAAAAGCCAGCAACGCGCGGCA